CUUCCUCACUCUGUGCGAAUAACCUUGUCUCAGGGGGCCCAGUGCGCUCCUUGAUCCAUCAACUCGACUGAGGAGAGACCUAUCGCGGGACAUGGUUUCAGACCAUCGCUCGACCCACAAUGGUACUGCUGGAAACGGCGCCGAUCAACGAUCAAUGCUGUUUCCGCCCACCGUCGAGGACAUGAUCCAACUUCCAUCGCAGAAGCACAAACACAGCAGCGCAAUCGAUCUGCCAAAGCUGCCCUGCGAGUUCUUUUUGCACCUAAUCAACUGUUUUUUCACCUAUUUCCACCCGACACUUCCUAUCAUCGAGGAAACAUCCUUUUUCGCUGACCUGAUCCCGGUGAACGUCCACCACCCAGUUUUGCUCAAUGCCAUUUAUUCGAUCGGAUGUCUUUUUUCGCGCCAUCCUCUAUUGUUCCAGCCGCCUCUGAGUUCUCCCGAGGAUGCCAGCCACUUGUUUGCCCUGCGAGCGUACGACCAGAUUCACCAAUCUGAAGCUAAAAGUCUGCGCAGCUUCCACAUCGCCGUCUGCACCGGAUCGAUACUCCUGUCCAUAGUCAGCUACGGAAACGGCAACGUCGCCCGCAUGGGGGCGAUCGUCGGCUCGGCCUGUCAAAUCAUUCAGCGCUUCGGCUACCCUGACAAAGGCGUAUUUGAAGAUUUGCCUUCCGUGAUGGGCCAUACGCUUCCGUCCGUGUUUGCAUCCAAAAGAGCACUGAAAAGGACCUGGUGGGGCUGUCUGCUUUCAGACUCGUUCUCGAGCAUCGGUGGCGGAACAUCACUGUUGCUGAACGAGGCCGAGUGCAUCGAUAUUAUUCGCAACGCAGAUCAUAUCCAGAGUGGCCGUGACGAACGUACCGAUCAUUUCCAAAUGGAGGAAGCCUGGCUGCUUUUGCGAGAUUAUCCCGCCAACACCGUCUUCAACGAUACCACGCCUCGAGCCAUGGAAGGUAGUCAGGCAGAUCAUUUGUACACCCCGGUCGACGGGGCCCUCCAUCUGGUCCAGCUCAACGCCAUCUUGCGCCUGAUCAUCAGGCAUAACACCAAUCGGACUCCCGAAGAAAUCACUCCGCAAACCGCAAAUCCCACGAUCUUCAACCUGCACCAGAUUAUAUCGCAGAAACCAAGCCUCGACGCGCUGCACAAGCUGCUGGUUUCAUGGUGUGAGAAUUUGCCGGCCGAUUUCCAGUUUUUUGAAAGCCUGGACUACUUCACGCCUGCCCAGAAGCCCCUCUCAAGCCUUUGUGUCAACGCCCACAUUACUUUUUUUGCUGCGCUCGUCCUGCUGCACCACGGCGAAAGGGCCAAGCGUGAGCGCGGAAACACUGGAGCAGAGAGGCUCUUUGCUCUCUCGUCAGCCAAGACAAUGACGUCGGGCGAAAUAUGCCUGCAUGCUUACCGUGCGCACUGCCACAUCCUUCAACGAGUCUUUCAAGGGCAGCCCCCCUCGUUCCUGACGAUUGCUCCAAUCGAGUUGUGCUCAUCCCCAACGAGUGCUCUGUUCCUGGCCCUGACGCCGAUCGUGCUCCUCCAAGACCAACAGUUUUCCCGGAUCCUGCUCAGCCCAGAUGCGAAAAAGACCGGGAUCGACGACAUUGGCAAGUGGAUUCUUCCGGCCCUCGACAGCAUCGGCCACGUGUGGAAAUGCGCUUCGAGCUACGCGGCCAAUCUCCGCAGACGGAUUGUAUUUAUGAAAGCACAAAUGGCAAGCUCCGGAGCGAAUGCCUAGUCGCUCGGCGGAGGUGCACUCUCCCUGGUAAUCGGCACGGGUUACAUUGACCAGGUCGUGGCUUCUGGCGGAGAGUAUGUUGUUUUCGAUCAGUAUCGGUAUUCUCCUGCUCUU